CUGGACGAUGCCUCCUUACAACUGUACAAAGAUGGAGAUUACGGUUCCUAUUUAGACCUGGACGCCUCGAUUAGCGAACAACAGGAGGAAUUCGAAGGAUUUCAAUUAAAUAAGAAGAAUUCAAUUGUGCUUCGAACGCAACUUUCAGUUCGUGUACAUAGCAUUAUAGAGAAACUAUUAAAUUCGGAAGGACGAGAACUUCGGAGAGCGCUAUUUACCCUCAAGCAAAUAUUUCAAGAGGACAAGGAUUUGGUGCACGAAUUUGUACAGAACGAUGGGUUGGCAUGUUUAAUCAAAGUAGGAUCCGAAGCGGACCAGAAUUAUCAAAAUUACAUCCUAAGAGCGCUGGGUCAAGUGAUGCUCUACGUCGAUGGCAUGAACGGUGUUAUACAACAUAAUGAAACCGUCCAGUGGCUCUACAGUUUGAUUUCGUCGAAAUUCCGUUUGGUCGUCAAAACGGCGCUAAAAUUGCUACUGGUAUUCGUCGAGUAUGUCGACUCAAAUUGUCUACUACUGAUAAGGGCGGUGCAAAAUGCCGAUUGUUCGCAAGGUUUCUCGCCUUGGUAUAACAUCAUGAAACUUCUCAAAGAUUUCGAUUCUGCCGACACCGAGUUGUUAAUCUACGCAAUGACGCUAAUAAAUAAGUGCUUUAAUGGUAUACCAGAUCAGGAUACGUACUAUGACCAGACGGACGCGUUAGAAGAGCAAGGUAUCGAAAGUAUUAUCCAGCGAUACAUGUCAAAGCCGGGCACCGAUCUUGAUCUUUUGCAACAAUUUCAAAUAUACGAAGCUGUACUGCAAUAUGAAGAUGCGGAAGAAAAGGGUAUACCGCUGAGAAAUUUGGAUGAAAGCGUUAGGAAAACAUUGAAGAGUAGAAAAUCGGUAGCCGGUUCGCAAGAACGUCGAAAAAGUCGCCGACACUCCACCGGAACGGCUCCAUUACAUUCGUGCAUGAAUGUAAGGCGAAGUUUACUGCUUCAAGCCAACAUGGAAGGAGACGACGAAUCCUCAAGCUCGCAAUCGUCAACAGGCCUAAACGACCAUCACAUCAACGGCAGCUACAAGGAAAAUAAUAAAGCGAGUGAAGCUGGCGUUACUCCUGCUUUGCGACGGAGACGAGAGCGUGCAGAGAGGCAGCGCAGCUUUAUGAGGGAGCAGCAGGAAAGCGCGGCUCUUUUUCGAGAAUCGGGUCCUAACGAGAACAACACCGACGUUGUUAACGGAAACCAUAUGCAACAGUCCAAAAUACCGAAUGGAAAGAUGUUGAACAGAACAUCAAGCCGAAAAGACAUAACGCCACUGAGAAAUGCGGUAAACAAGUUAGACUCCGAAGAAAAUAGCCUCACUAAACAACCUUGGAUCUUGUCAAUGAUGUACUCCAACAAGAAUAACGAGGAAGAAAACCAAGAGAACGACGACGCGAAUGAAAACGAACGAAAGAUGAUACUGCAGUUAAAACGGGAGAACACAGUUAAAGACCUAACGCAGAAAUUAGCCAAUCAAACCAUCAUAAACAAUAAUUUUGACGAGAACAAAAUUAAUCGGAUCGGAGACAUGUCGGGAUUGAUCUCAAAGGCCAAAGAGGGAUUAGCGAAAUCAAAGUCGAAAAUCGACGUCCUUAAAAGUCCUACGGCCGAAAGCUUGCCAAAGAUCGAGGUGAAAAAGUCGGAAAACGAGCUGCGGUGGGAGGAGCUCGCGAAUCUCCUAAACAGGCCCCUACAUUUAUGUGAUAUGGAUUUUACGGAUUUGCAUACGGACGACGAGGUCGACGUCUUGGCACCGGCAGCCGCUUCAAACGGCGUGCCACCACCACCUCCGCCGCUAAUCGGCACUAUGCUGGCACCUCCACCUCUUCCUCCCAAUAGAUCCACUCCCCCCGUUCCGAGUCCUCCGGUUUUCGGGGUGCAAAGGAUCGCGAAACCCGCCGAUAACAAACAGACGAUUAAGAAAAAUAAGAAAACCGUUAAGUUGUUCUGGAAGGAAGUGCGGGACGACCCCGUUACUACGAUGAAAUUGAAGACUGGAUUAAUAUGGGACGAACUGAGUCCUGUGCCUGUUGAUACUCAAAAGUUGGAGCACUUGUUUGAAUCUCGAGCAAAAGAUUUGAUCACGAAGAAACAACAAGAAUUAAAUAAGAACAAAGAGAUCAUCGUUCUGGACCCGAAACGGUCGAACGCCAUCAACAUAGGCAUGACAAAAUUGCCACCGCCCAGAUCCAUAAGGACCGCCAUUCUCAAAAUGGACUCGACUGUGAUGAAUCGCGAGGGAAUCGAAAAACUCCUAACGAUGCUGCCCACCGAAGAAGAAAUAACGAAAAUUCAAGAGGCGCAAGCUUCCAACCCCAACCAGGAGUUGCCGCUGGGUAGCGCCGAACAGUUCCUGUUAACUCUAUCUUCGAUUUCCGAGUUACCCGCGCGAUUGAAUUUGUGGGCGUUCAAAUUGGACUUCGAAAGCUCGGAGAGGGAGAUCGCCGAACCGCUGAUGGAUCUGAAGCAAGGAUUUGAGGUUUUAAAGGUCAACAACACAUUUCGAGGGAUACUCGGUACACUUCUUUCAAUCGGUAUUUUUUUGAACGGCGCCGAAGUGAAAGGAUUUCAAAUCGAGUACCUUGCGAAAGUCCCUGAGGUGAAAGAUACUGUGCAUAAACAUUCACUCUUGCACCAUUUGUGUCACAUCGUCAUGGAGAAGUUUCCCGACGCUUCCGAUCUGUAUUCUGAAAUCGGUCCCAUUACUCGAGCGUCCAAAGUGGACUUCGAUGAACUCGCCCUAAAUAUACAGAGGUUAGAAGCGGAUUGUAAAGCGUCAUGGGAUCACUUGAAACUGAUAGCAAAGCACGACGCGUCAACUAUGAAAACAAAAAUGCCCGACUUCUUAACAGAUUGCGCCGAGCGUAUAAUUUUAUUAGGUAUUGUUCACAGACGUGUAAUAAACAGGUUUCAUCGCUUCCUACUUUGGUUGGGUAUUCCGCUACAUCAAAUACCCGACACUAAACCGAACGAAUUCUGUCGUGUAGUAUCCGAAUUUGCGUUAGAAUAUCGCACGACCAGGGAAAGGGUGCUACAACAAUUAGAGAAAAAAGCUAACCAUAGAGAGCGCAAUAAGACUAGAGGGAAGAUGAUUACUGAAAUUGGAAAAUUUCGUACAAGCGAAGAUCGGGCCGAUGCGGAACUUCGCCAGCUGCUGGGUAGUGAUAUGUCUGAUGCGGAAAACUUGCAAGGCACAUUCACGUGGCGAAGACGGAGUCGUGACACAAAUCGCUCGUUUCUUAGUCAGGGCAAUGGCAAUUUAACAGACGCGGAUGAUGAAAUAUUAGAAAGUUUAGUGAAGACUGCAACCAAAGGACCUUCGAGGACAGCUCCGCGAGAGCGAAAACGAACUAGGCAUGCUGAUAGGAAAUCUUUAAAGCGUUCACGAACGAGGGAAAAUAAUCCAUUCGGCAGCCGAGAUUCCCCGUGAUCUGCGGUCGUCAGUUGUAAGAAGAACACUAAAAAACGGAUUGUCGGAGGAAGAAAAGAAGUAUUUAUCGGCAUGUAUUAAAAGUUACUAAUGUGUUUUUAACUUUGAUUUUUCCUUGUUAUUUCUUACUAUUCUGCAUCUUUUAUAAGAUGUACAUUCAUACUGAUUUUAUUAUGUGAUAAAUAACUAUUGUAACAUUCUGUUAAAUUCUUUUUUUUUGUAGCUUAUAAAAAACGUUUUAUACCUACAUUAAGUUUGACUUUGCGAAAACUACUAGUAAUAGUGAUAUAAAUAUUUGAGGAAAUAAUUUAUUUCAGUAUUGAUAAAUCUCGCUAGUCCCAAAAACUGUUGCAAAAGGUCAUAAAUUUUUGCGUCCUUUUUUUGAAAUUAUUUUUGAUUUUGUAUUUUUAGAGUAUGUGCCUUAGUUGCAGUUCAAAUAUAAGCAAUAAUAAAUAUAAACGAUGUACCGAGUACAUUACUUGUAAUAAAUUAUUGUAGAUAAGAUGCCUAUGUGUAUUGCAAUACGACCUGAGAAACUUGUAAAUUGUAUGAAAUAAAUUUUAUAA